AUGAUUUUAAAUUAUAUUGAUACUUUAUCAUUUUUAGUUAAUUCAGAAGAAAAAGACCCAAAGGAUAAAUUGUAUUUGAUACUUGGAAAUGAGUCCGCUGAUCUUGAUUCAAUAAUUUCCUCGAUAUCAUAUGCGCUCUUAAGUCAAAAACUUUUGUCAAACAAAACUCCUCUCCCUCCCUCUGAUCCCUCUUAUCGUAAUCAUGAACAACACAUUUAUUACAUUCCCAUCAUACAAAUAAACAGACAUGAUUUUUCUUUACGUCAAGAAAGUGACUACGUUUUUACAAAGUGUCGUAUUAAAAGUGAUCAGUUGGUUUUUUUAGAUGAUUUGAAAAAAAUUUUACCAAGAUUGGAUUUAUUAGAAAAAAAGUUUGAAUUACGUUUGGUACUUGUGGAUCAUAAUAAAUUGAUUGAACCUUGGACUGGAUUUUCUAAAAAUGUUGAUUCUAUAAUAGAUCAUCAUAAAGAUGAAGGAUUAUACGAUGCUGAAACUCGAUUAAUUGAAGGUGUUGGAUCUGCAACUUCUCUGGUCGCGUUGAAGUUCAAAGAACAGUGGGAAAAUCAAUUAAAACAUAACAAUGAUGGUGAUAAUGAUAAUAACAAGUCAUGGAAUCAUGAAUUGGCUAAACUUUUGUUGGCACCUAUUUUAAUUGAUACGGGACUUUUGGAUAUUUCUAAUGGUAUAACAACUGUUAAAGAUCAAGAAGCCGUAAAGUUUUUAUCAGAAGUGCUUUAUGAUAAUAAUAAUUCAGGAGAAAUAAUACCACAAGAUAAAAAUGUGUUUCUUGAAGAAUAUUAUAAUGCUAUAGCAGAAGCACGAUCCAAUGUUAAAUCGUUGUCAUCUAUUGAUAUUCUGCGCAAAGAUUACAAAGAAUGGGUGUUGAGUAAUAGUUGUAGCAUUGGGAUUAGUAGCGUAAUUUGGUAUAUAGAGGAUUGGAUUAAACGAGACGGAAUUGACAAAUUAAUCAACGUAUUAAAAUCAUAUAAACAGGAUCAUAAAUUAGAUUUGUAUAUUGUCUUGUUAUCUUGUAAGCGUCCUGUUGAAGGAUUCGGACGAGAAAUGAUUAUUUAUUUGGAGAAAAGCAGCCCUCUUGUCAAUAAAGGGUUUAUUUCAAAGUUGGAAUCAUCAUCAAUGAUGAAAUUAAAAAAAUUGCCUUUUUCAUCUAUUAAUAAUGAAAACGAUGUAGUUUUAUUUUAUAAACAAGAAGAAUUAACAUUGUUGCCUUGUAUUUCAGCCUCUCUUAAUAGUAUUUCUGCAUUAUUAGCUUUCAUAAUCCGUG